UCUGGUGGCACUCGGGGGCAUUUGGGGUCGGUCCUUUUGUCCCCAAGGGGAGGAGGACCAGAAGUCUCUGCUGGAGGGAUUUGGGGUUCUUUGGGGGGGACUUUGGGUCUCUGUGGGGUCCUUGGGACGUUCUAUGGGGUAUCUGUGGGGUUCUCGUGGGGUUCCUGUGUUCUAUGGGACACCCAGUGGCCCUGGUGGCUGUUUGGGGUCGGUCCUUAUGUCCCCAAGGAAGGAUCAGAAGUCCCUGCUGGAGGGAUUUGGGGUUCUUUGGGACAUUCUAUGGGGCAUCAGUGGGGUUCUUAUAGGGUUUUCAUGGGGUUCUCAUGGUCAGUGGGACACCCAGUGGCCCUGGGGGCCAUUUGGGGUCGGUCCCUUUGUCCCCAGGGGAGGAGAAGCAGCCCCUGCUGGAGGGAUUUGGGGUUCUUUGGGACGUUCUAUGGGACAUCAGUAGGGUUCUCAUGAUCAGGGGGACACCCAGUGGCUGUGGUGGCACUCGGGGCCAUUUGGGGUCGGUCCCUUUGUCCCCAGGGGAGGAGAAGAAGCCCCUGCUGGAGGGAUUUGGGGUUCUUUGUGAUCCUUGGGACGUUCUAUGGGACAUCAAUGGGGUUCUUAUGGUUUGUGGGACACCUGGGGGCCAUUUGGGGCCAUUUGGGGCCAUUUGGGGUCGGUCCCUUUGUCCCCAGGGAAGGAGAAGAAGCCCCUGCUGGAGGGGGCGGCGCUGCGGCUGAAGCCGCGCUCGGUGCACGAGCUGUCGGUGGAGCAGCAGCUGUACUACAAGGAGAUCACCGAGGCCUGCGUGGGGUCCUGCGAGGCCAAGCGCGCCGAGGCCCUACAGAGCAUCGCCACCGACCCCGGGCUGUACCAAAUGCUGCCACGCUUCAGCACCUUCAUCUCCGAGGGGGUCCGUGUCAACGUGGUGCAGAACAACCUGGCUCUGCUCAUCUACCUGAUGCGGAUGGUGAAGGCGCUGAUGGACAACCCUACGCUGUACCUGGAGAAAUACGUGAGUCCAGAUGGCCCCAAAUGUCCCCAAAUGUCCCCAAAUGUCCCCACGUGUCACUCCUGUGGCCCUCAGUGUCCUCCGAAGGUCCAAAAUCUGCCCUCAAAGAUCCCAAAUGCGUCCCCAGAUGGGCCCAAAUAUCCCCUGACGUGACACCGCGUGUCCCCAGUGCGUCCCUCGUUGUCCCCAAAUGUCCCCAGUGUGACCCCAAAUGCCCCCAGUGUCC